AUGUCAACCUCUCUAAACUUCACUGAGCAUCAUUAUGCUGCCGACAACGAGCUUCAGAAGCUAGGUGUCUGGGAAUUCCCCUCAAAAGCUGAUAACGCGUCUGGAUACUGGGUAAUCUAUAUCCACGGCGGUGCCUGGCGUGAUCCUCGGAAGACUCUUCAGGAUUUCGGCACCUCCAUUCGGGAAAUCCUGAAGUCCAGCUCUAUCCCCAAGUCCGAGGUUCGUGGCUUCAUCAGCAUUGACUAUCGUCUCUCCCCGCAUCCCCUCUACCCGCAAGACCCCGACGUCACUGCUCCUACAGAACUUCGUUCUGCUCAACAUCCGGAUCACCUGCGCGACACCUGGUCUGCUCUUGCAUUUCUCCAGCGUGAAUAUCACAUCGAGGACCGUUACAUUCUCAUCGGACACUCGGCCGGCGCUACCUUGGCACUCCAGCUACCUAUGGGAUCCGUUGCGCUCGGCGCAGUCCCGCCACCAAAGGUCAAGAUGCCAUCUGCAUUCAUCGGCGUCUCCGGCAUAUACGAACUUUCCAAUUUCAAUGCCCGCCAUGAACAUACUUACACUCAGUUCAUUGCCGGUGCCUUUGGAGACGAUCAGGAGUCUUGGAACAAGGUCGUCCCGGCUACCUUCUCUGGGAGCUUCAAGGAUGCUUUGCCUACGAAACCGCUUAUUCUUCUGGCCUGGUCAACGGAAGACUCACUGGUUGACGAGCCUGAGAUCGACACAAUGGCUGCUAAGCUGAGCAAGGACGGAGUGGAGUGCACAGUCGUCAAAGACCUGACCCACGACCAUGACUUUGUUUGGGAAGAUGGCAAGCAGAUUGCCCGCCUGUUGUCGGAAGCUCUCCUUUUGUUGAGGAAAAACUAG